UCACAAAAAAAUAGUAACAUAUUAUCUCACUGUUUUUUCUAUAGUCGCAACUAUUAUCAUAGUUUACAAUACUUCCAAAUAUGGCUGAAAAAAUCAGUUUCAACACUCAAAUAUUUAGUAGAGUCCGUCUAGCUACGGAAUCGGAUGUAUCACAUCUCCACAAACUCAUGUAUCAAAUGGCAAAAUAUCACAAUUACACUAAAGUUUUUAACGCCACGAAAGCUUCGAUUACUACCAAUCUUUUUAAAUCCGAUAACCCUUGUCCUCCUUUCUACUCGGUUACCGCGUUCAUUCUUGAAGUCUCAUCCGACUCUUUUCCCCAAAAUACCCUUAAAAAUCCCAUUUUCGACCCGAUUUUGAGAACCGUUAAUCUUGUUUCACCUAUACUAGACUCAGACUUAGAACUAUUCAGAACAAACAACAACAUAUCCAGUAUACUAUCAGAAGUGGAUAAUAAACCCUUAUCUUCUGAUAAUAACGUCUUUGUAGCUGGCUAUGUUCUAUUUUACCCUUGCUAUUCGGGUUACUUUGAGAAACCUGGUUUUUUUAUUGAGAACAUGUUUGUUAGAGAGUGUUAUAGAAAGUGUGGAUUUGGGAAAAUGUUGUUUUCUGCUGUGGCAUCUCAAGCAAUUAAAUUAGGGUUUACUAAAGUUGAUUGGCUUACUGUUGGAUGGAAUGAAAAUGCAAUUGAUUUUUAUCUUGGAAUGGGGGCUUAUAUUAUGCAAGAUGUUAAACGUUUUAGGCUUUCUGGUGAUGGACUUGAUGCAUUUGCUACAAAUGAUCAAGAUGGUGGUGACAAGAUCUAAGUCGGGGUUCUAUCGAAACAGUCUCUUUACUUCAUAAAGAAAGCAAUAAAAUUUGUGUGUACCAUUUUCCUCCAUAUUUCUUUACAUAUAGGUUGGAUUGGUUCGAACUUUUCAGUAUUAUUGUCAAAUUGAAUUAUGAUGGUUUAAUAUCGAUAAACAAAAUUAAAUAGAACUGUUUCAAAUUAUAACUCUGUAAUCUAAAGACCUUAUCCAGAAUUCUGCGGGAUGAUAAAUUUCAAUCAA